GAAGCCGGAGGGUGGUGGUUUGGUCCCCUGCGCAGCUGAUUGACAGACAAGCUGAGCUCUGAACCAGCACGUUAAUGAGAACCAGGGAGAAGGCGCUGGAAGGAGAUGAAGCGAGAAUGGGUCGGGGAUGCCUGUAGGGACCUCGGCAUGAAGUUCAGAUGAAGCUCUUCAGACAGGCGCAGCUGCAGGGGGGCCAGGACCCGGACAAAAGGCAGCGUGCGCUGAACAUGAAACCUCUUUCCCUGCAUUGCAGCAGCUACCACAAUGCCGGGGGCUAAGCCCGGGCUAGAGAUCAUCCCCACGAGCAUCUCCCCAGCAGGACCCACGCUUGGGAAAGUUUAGGCUUUAAGGGGCUUGCUAGGCUGGGGCCCCCUCCCCCAAGGUUUUCCCCUUGCCCCUCCUCAGGCAGGGCGAUGGAUCUGCCUGGAGGUGAGUUUUAGUCGGUGACUUUGGCUUGUUUUCUCGGUGUCCCCCCCCGGGACUUUCCCUGCCCCGCUCCCAGUGUGCGGGGAGAAAGUUCCUUGUUUCAAAGGAUAAAUCUCGCUGCUGCUGCUGCAGGAACGUGUCUCUGCCCCCUGCAGACGAGCCCGGGGACGCUUUAUUUUCUGGUCUUCUCCAACAAGUGGGCGCCUCUGCCCCACGGACGCUGGGAAACAGGCUCGUCCUCGCCCCCCCUGGCGGGUUGCAAUGAGGGCACUAGGGUAGCCUGUUGGUUUCUCAGGGCCAUAGUGAUGGCUGAAGUUGGUCUCUGGGAGCCCGCUGCAGGCUCAUACUACCUUCCUAGAGUGAUGUGGAGCCAGUGAGUCAACCCCUGUCUGGGUCCUCUGCCUUUGCUGGGGCCUGUGCUGCGGCCAGCAGGAUGGGGAGCAGUGGCUCGGCACUGAAGGUCUGUACUGAUCACCGAGGAGGCAUCAACUGGCUCAGUCUGAGCCCAGACGGGCAGCACCUGCUGACGGGCAGUGAAGAUGGCACUGCACGUCUCUGGAGCACAGCAGAUAGCCAGUGCCAUGGCCACUUCCAAGGACAUGAAAGCUACAUCACCUUUUGCCACUUAGAAAAUGAGGUUGCAUUCACAUGUAGUGCAGAUCACACAAUUAGAAAGUGGGACGUGAUGACAGGCCAGUGUCUGGCCAUUUACCGAGGGCACACAUCAAUUGUCAACAGGAUCCUGGUUGCCAAAGACUAUCUAUUUAGCAGCUCCUAUGACAGGACAGCUCGGUGCUGGAGUGUGGACAAGGAGAAGCAAAUCCAGGAAUUCCGGGGCCAUCGGAACUGUGUUCUGACUUUGGCUCACUACUCCUCCAGGGAUGUUCUUGAUGAGUCGGAGGAGGAGCAGGAGAAACUGAGCAGAGACUUCCUGGUGACAGGAAGCACAGACUGCACUGUUAAGGUCUGGUGGGUGUCGAGUGGGCGUUGCUAUCAGACUCUGCUAGGGCACACUGGGGCUGUUUUAUGCCUUAUACUUGAUACUCCAAACAGGGAGUUAUUUUCUGGCAGCACAGAUUAUACCAUCCGAACAUGGAAUAUUGUGACCGGCGAGCAGUUAAAAGUGUUCAAAGAGCAUCAAGGAUCGGUUAUCUGUCUAGAGCUGGUGAAUCGAUACUUGUAUUCGGGAAGUGCAGACAAGACGGUGAAGUGCUGGUUAGCAGACACUGGGGAGCAAGUCCAAACAUACAAGACUCACAAACACAGCGUUAGCACUUUGAAAUACCAUGCAGGAAUCUUGUUUACAGGAAGUGGUGAUGCCUGCGCUCGAGCUUUCAAUUCAAAGACAGGCGUCCUGCAGAGGAUCUUCCGAGGACACAAGUUCAUCAUCAACUGCAUUCAGAUUCACAAUGAAUUAUUGUACACAGCUUCCCACGAUGGCACGCUAAGGAUCUGGGACGUACAAGGAAUCUGCAAGCGAAACAAGCCUCGCCUGAAGAAGGAGCGGUCUGUCCUGGGCAAGAGCUCUCAGAAGGGAAGUCUGUCUCGUCUUUUCAAUAACAGAGUUGGCUGCACAGUGCAACAGGAGAAUGGGGAACUUGAGGCUGUUGAACUAAUGUGAUUGCCCGGGACAAACUUUCUGUCAAAGAGGAAGAACUGAGCCCUCUUCUGUGCCCUUGGGUGCAGAUAAGCCAGACCUUGGAAAGAGGUGGGAAAUUACAUUGCCUAAAGUAUUCAAUCAAGAGUUCACAUUCAUGUGAAUCAUGAAACUGACUCUCUUCAGAAUAUUACUGAUGUCUCACAGCAGCUCAUAGUACAUUGUAAUGGAAAGUAAACUUGUGUGGAUGACUUAUCGACCAGGGGCAAUAUGGGGUCAGGCGCCAUUGUGGAGAGCAGUCCAUGAGAUAUGCCUUCCCCUAUAUUUUUGUUUGUAAUUAUAAUUUGUAUUUAAGACUCCUUUUCCCAGUUCCUUCCUGUACAGUGGUAUUUGACCCCACUGCUGCCUCACCCUGGUCCCUGACAGGAGGAGAGGCAGGAAUAAGUAAUAAGCCAAUAGGCUCCCUCCCCUUCUUAUUGCGUGUUACAACACACUGCAAUGGAGCAGAAUGUGCAAGCGAAAGCUGCCUUGCAGGAUGACUCUGAAUUGAAUUUUCUCAGUUCCCUUUAGGGUUAUAAUGUCCUUGCCUCUCACUGAUCCGAAUGACUUUAAUGUAGGAGAGCUUGGCUGAGGCACACAGAUGCCUGAAGUCUCUUUGGUGCUUGAGCUUAGAGCAACAGAGCAGAGAUUUAAAUGGGCUUUGAAAAAACCCAACAAAUGACCAACCUGAACUUCAGGCCUGUUCCUCCACAUGCAGCGUGAGUGGGAGAGCAGGUUGGCAGUGAGUUUCCCUGAGGGGUGGGGGAGGGAGGGCGAGGGACUUGUUUCUUUGUUGUGGACAUUGGAAAGCAGGACAACAGGCUUCAUGUAAGGAUGCUGGUUCUGAAGGAUGUGAUGGAGGGGGGUUGAGUGAAUGCAGCCACCCAGUAUCUCUCUGGCUUCGCUGCUGGGCCUGGGCUCCUUUCACAUUUCAUGAACCCAUCAGCGGUGCUGCACAUUCCAUGACAGGUGACAUAGGAGCCAGAGAAAAUCUAGAGAGUGCCUGGAGACCAUAUGGGCUUUGAAAUGAAGAGCAUGUUACCAUGGAAGAAGGUGGGUACCUGUUGGAAGGAAGGUGGUGAUGUGUAAAGAUCUAGAGUGAAAUUGUUAGAGAUCACCUAGGUGUGCCUGAAGGAAAGGGGGGUUUGGAUAAGCAUCUGAAUCAAUGGUUCUCACCCUGUUUAUGUGGCCCACAGUGUGUUAC